GGCCGCCGAGGCGCCUUCCCCACGACUGUGAUCUUUGCAAAGAGCAAACGAAAGCCGCGCGGGUUUCACGGCGCCGGGCCCCAGCAAGCGCGGCCGCCGAGGGCUAGCCCGCAGCAGGCUCCCGCGCCCCGCGCCGGUGUACCCGGCAGCCUCCGGAGACGAGCGCCAGCCCCGGCGGGACGGCGGCGGGUGGGUUCGGAAGCCGAGCGGGGACCCGAGGCGGCGGGGAGCUCACCGCAAGGCUGGAGGCCGGAGGCUGCGUCCGCGGGCGCGCUAGGAGCCGAGACAGCGAGCGAGCGCUCUGCAGCGGGCGGUGGACGCGCUGAAGCAGGCACCAGCCCUGGAGAAGCUUCUGCCAGUGCUUGGAGACACGCGCUUGGACCUUGGAGAGAACAAUCAUCCCCCCCAAGUACUCAGACUCACCCCAGCAAGCCUGGCCCCAGCGCCCAGGCCCUGCGGCUCCGAGGCUCCAGCCGCGCCGCUGGCCGCUCCCCCCGUCCCUGGGACCAAGCCCAGCAUUUUACAAACCAGGCUCCAUGCUCCGGGAGUCCCCUGAGUGCCCCCUUCUCGCCCGCCCCCCACCUGUCUGAACUGAAGACACCUUUAAAACCGUUCUUGGUUUGUCUCUCUCUGCACGUGCUGGGUCCCCCACUGCAGUCCCGGAAGAGUGGGCACGGCACAAGAACACAGACCCACCCACCUCCACCGCCAAAGCUCUCCAAGACCCCGGAGCAAGCGCCCCUCUGGGGCAGCCAGCCUGUGCCCCCGUCCCAGUACCUGCUCCGUCAGCUGGCCGGCCGCCACCGGGAAACUUGCCCCAGAAGCAUCCCAGGAGGCCCUGGCCCCGGGGCCUUUCUAGUGCCCCCCACCCUCCGGCCCACACUCACACACAGGAAGCCCUGCCGGACUCGAACGCGAUGGGAUCGUGACACCGGCGCUCCUAAGGCCCUCUGUAGAGCUCAGCCCGGCCGUCUCCCCUGCUCCCCUCCCCGUUCCUCUGGCUUCCUCCACCAGGAGCUCCCCUCUGAGGACCUCAGCGCUGCUGCCCGGACUGCAGGGAGCCUGCUCUACCCACACCUGAGCCCCCAGGAAGAGAGGCCCCAGGAGCAGACCCUGAAUCCCAGAUUCCAGUUGUGUGACUCUGAACACAUCCCCAGCCCCACUGGGUCACCUCUCCUUGUGAAAGAGGGGUUGGGGGCUGCAACUGCCCAGAGCUCUAAGCACCAGAGGAGAACAGGCCCCUGUACACAGCCUGCUCUUGUACACUGGGUCCUGCCCCGGGAGGCUGGAGACACUCACCUGCAUGGGGCAGGGGCUGCGGCUGGCUGCUGGCCUCAGUUCUGAGCAGAUGGGGGUCGUCUGGGCCACAGGCCGCAGCAGCUCACCUCAGGGCUGGGAUCUCAGGCAGCUCUGGCCGACUGGGGCUCAGGCUGGGGCUCAGGCUGGGGGGCAGCCUUGGCUGGGGGCUGGGCCAGACGCGGUGUGGGGCCCUGGGGCUGGGGACUGGAGUCCCCCUCCUCUUCCUCGAGCUCAGCAGUGACUCUUCGGCCCCUGGGGAGAAGCCAAAAGAUGUUCCUAAGAUGAUCUCUUUUAAAACAAUCCUUCCCCCAAACCAGAGCCUUGGUCCCUGGCCCCUCCCCUGGCUGUUGGGUGGAGAGGCUCGCAGGUCACCUUGUCAGGGUUUGGGUGGUGGCUCCCCUUCUGUCCCUCCGUCUGCAUGGCUCUCCCUUUUUUAAGUACAGAGGAAGGAGGAAGGUGCCCACAGUUCACCCAGAGCUGGGCUUUCCAGCAGCCACGCCUGCAGAGAUGCCCGUGGGGCAGCCAGAGACCUUUCUGUUGGACGGGCUGCUCCUUCCUGGCCAGGGUGGACUUCUGCCUGGGCAUGGGGGCUGAAGGCUGCCCACAAACAGCUCGUCUGGGGGGUGACAGCACACAGUGCAGACAUCCUCCCCUCCACCCCACCCCACAACAUCCCCCCCUUGAACAGAAGCAAGGAGGGGCCGGGCACCAACCAAAGGGCACAGCUCAGCACUGAGAAGGCAGCUGAAGGUGGGGGAGGCUGGGCUUCUCUGGGGAAGGGAACCCCUUCCCCACAAAUGCAACACUGGGUGGAUGGAGGAGUCUGCGGCCCUGUGUGGAAGGAGAGAAACUUCAUGACAAAAUAACGCCCCCUGGAGAAACUGCCCUUGCCCGGCACUCAGUGCCCAGGUGGUGGGGCUGGCAGGGUCGGCGCAGGAGGCCAGCGCGCACCGUCAGGAGGGGGCCUGCUGUGGGUACCAAGGGGCUGCUUCCCUGCGUUGUCCUUCCCAGCCUCCUUUCCAGCUACUUGGGAUUCUCUGGUGGUGGUUGGGGGGUGUAGACAGUGGGGACA